AUGACGACGGAGUUUAACGACGCGUGGUGGUCGGCGUUGGAGCGCGACGUGCGAAAAUUGAGAGAGCCAGGUUCGCACAACGCGGGAUUCGUUGGAUCGGCGUUGAGGUACGCCAUCUUAGCUUUGAAGAGUUAUCGAGGCGAUAAGGACAACAAGCACUGUGUCGUUUUGGCGGACGAGGCGUUGGAGAUGACCCACGACGAAGCUGCGGCGAUUCUAGAAACGGCGCACAAGAACAAAGUCAAGAUUCACUUCAUUCGGAGCUUUAGCGCGAACGCGAGCGCGGCCGAGGCGAGUGUGAUUCGUACGCUCUGUCGAUGUUGUCCAGUCGAUAGCGGAGAAUGCUUGACCCCUUCUCUUGGAUGCUGUUACGAGUGCGGCGUAAGCGUCGGGCUGAAUGCCAACUUUUCGAUUCCUGAUGACUUGAUCGACAUUGGAAUGCUUCGUAUCGACGACAGUGACAUGGACGACGAAUCUUUAGCGUCUACUUCCACGGCAGAAAACGUCCCGAUAAUCGCGCACUUCGCGGGAUGUCGUGAUCAGCACGCAGAAUUUGCCGGGGCGUCCGAAGCCGAACUCAAGCGCGUCGAGGCUUCGAGCAUGACGAGUAUCGGAAUGAGCAUCAAGGUGAAGCACUUACAGAAGCGAAAUGACGAGACGAGCAAUACUAGUACGAAGUAUAAAAUGGUCACGACGAGUCGGGAAAUCGUUCUGACAAUUGACGAUAUUCAGAGCGUCGCCAAAGCGCUCGACGAGCCCAUCGCCGCUGUACGAUGCGGAAUUCUUUUACCAUGCUACGGAAGGUCGGGACGAUUAUCGGGACCGUGUACACUUAAACACGAUGUAUCUACGCGUUUCACGCAAAGUGCACUCGAGUUUUGGCUUACGCCAGCGAAUGAUGACUUGGUACUCAUGUACUCGCGUCAGCGUCCACGAUCAGAACAGAUCGUGCAACGUAUCACGAGACACCGAGCUGAAGUGUUCUGUCGCGCGACGCGAUCUGGUGAUACUGAUGCAAUAGAAAACGCGCGCGCGUUAGGAAUGCCCGUGAUCAAGUAUCCAUUACCGAACGACCGUUCGCAGCGGGCUUUUGCUCUUGUACUCGGUGUGGGCGUCGCACGUCAAGAAAAAUUCUUCUGGUUGACUCGUCCUGAUUUGCAGACUGGUAUCGAAGAGCUUGAAAACUUGAAAACCAUGCUCGCGGCUCCGCCUACGUUGGAAAAUUACACUGGCGUACCGCAGUCUGUCAUCCACGACAUGUCCCUCGCGCAAGUUGCUCUGAAUGAAGAAGUGGCGAGCGAGAUUGACACGCCGAAAACGCCGCCGAAGAAACCGAUCCGAAAACCGCCCGCUUCAAAGCGAAGACCAUCAUCGUCUAUGUCAUCUAUGUCAUCGUCAUCGUCAUCGAUGAAGCAACCAGAUCAAGAAUGGCUUUCGUCAAUCGUGAAAAGCGCGAGCAGCUACGUGCCGAUCGUAGCGCCGAUCGUCGCCGAGUCAAAGGAGGAUGCAAAGCCGAAACAAGACGAGUCGACCGACGACGCGAAGCGUAAACCCGACGAUGCGAACAGCUCUCCGUCCGCGCAGCCAGCUCCGAACAUGCGCGUCGACGUCACAAACUUGUCGACAUUGUUUCAAUGA